GUGUAGUGUAGUAGUGACAGCUUGAGGGUUGUCGAGAAAAAAGUGUAACCAGAUAUAGGUGGCUUCUGCUAAAUGGAUAUCCUGCAAUCCAACUGCUUAUUUAGCUUCUUGUAGUUGGCCUCGUCAUGUACAUACUGUAACUAGGUCUGGAGCUGUUCAAACCUGCUGCUUCAUAUCUGUGCGAGCGUGCCUUGCAGAGCUGAGGGAAGCGCGAGCCGAAGCAACGGUUGUCGGAGCGCGAUCAGACCAACAAGUGGUGUCGUUGGAAGCGGCUCUCGUGGCAUGACUACUACAAACAAGGGAAACAAAGCCUUGAAGGUGAAGAAGGAGCCAGGGGAGAAUGGAACCAGCCUCACGGACGACGAACUGGUGACCAUGUCUGUCCGGGAGCUCAACGCUCACCUCCGCGGCCUAACCAAGGACGAGAUCCUGCAGCUCAAGCAGCGGAGGCGCACCCUGAAGAACCGUGGCUACGCCGCCAGCUGCCGCGUCAAGCGGGUCACCCAGAAGGAGGAGCUAGAGAAGCAGAAGACGGCGCUGCAGCUGGAGGUGGACAAGCUGGCCACAGAGAACGCCACCAUGAAGGUGGAGCUGGACUCGCUGCGCUCCAAGUACGAGGCCCUGCAGAGCUUCGCCAGGACUGUGGCGCGCAGCCCGGCCGUUGCCUUAACCCCAGGGGGUCGGGGGGUCAUGGGGCCCCUGGUCCCUGGGAAGGUGGCCACGGCCACCAGCGUCAUCACCAUCAUCAAGUCCAAGACGGGAGCCAGGUCGUAGUAUCGGGGCUGGGCGGCGUGGAGAGUUAUCAGACUAAUGAAACAACAUGUACUAUAGUCAGUGUAUCAUCAUGGAGCACAGGAUUAGUUCCCUUGUUUGUCUUUUGGGCCAGAACACACAACACCCCCCCCCAGAUCUUUGUACCAGCUAGUAACACUCUUUCAAUUGGCCAGCAGCAGAGGCCACACCAACCCUUAUCAGACAGCCUUUAGUAGUAUAAACCAUACUUCCAUUCUGCCUUGGCACUGUACAAGCAGAAAUACAUACACCAGAGGAGGCUGGUGGGGGGAGCUAUAGGAGGACGGGCUCAUUGUAAUGGCUGGAAUGGAAUAAACAGAAUGGUAUCAAACAAAUGGAAAGCACAUGUUUGACUCUGUUCCAUGAAUUCCAUUCCAGCCAUUACAAUGAGCCUCCGCUGGACUAUACACAUCCUUCCUCUAUGGUGGAUUUUCACAUACUGAUUCCAAAAGGUUAAAGGUCACGUGAGUCCAGGAAGGUCGUACGACGCAGCCCAAUCCAUAAUUGAUGUCACUCCAUCUGGUGUUGGAAGAUGUGUGUUUCUGUACAUGGUACUAAGUGUUUGAGUGUUUGUUUGUUUCCUACAGAUGGCCCCUCGUUGAGUCUUUUCCGUCCCGACACAGGGUUGUGAUGUGGAAAUGCACUCUUUCAUAACUACUAGCCACCAACAGUCUAGCCACACCCGGUUGGCAUUAUGCUUCAAGUUCUUAGCCCCCUCUCCGUAUCACAAGUGGAGAAAGAGUGAUUGCAGUAAGCAACAAGCCUGGGCCUGUUAGAAUGCACUGACUAUGAGAAGAGGGAAAUGCACUGUAUGGUAUUGAUGUCUUGUGAGCAACCUUCAGUAAGGACUAGUAACUCACCCAUCAGACCAGUUCAUGUGAUUUUAGUUGGUCAAAAAAACUAAACAGGAAAUUCUGUUAAGUUGAGCAUUUAUUUAGGUUCAGGUCAGCCUGCCACAGAAUUUUACCAACAGGAGAUGCAAUAAUACACACAUGCACUGAAAAAUAGGAAGUGACAUAGUUUAAUGUAAGUGGAAUGAGUCAAUCUGAUCUGCAAAAUAAUAGGAUAGCCUGGUAUGGGAUGAUAAUUAUUAUAAUAAUAAUAGGUGUGAUGUUGGAGUUGACAAUGCCCUUCCAGGAUUACAAGAUUGUUUCUUUCUCCAGUAUCUGAGAAGCAGAAUGUUUUUACAAGAUCUUGUGAUGAUUAUGCUUUGGGAGGACAAUUUUUUUUAUCCUCAAAUCAUUUAAAACUCAAUUUGUGCUCCAUCGAGUAAAUAAGUUGGAACUGUUUUGUAAAUAAGUAGUUUUUUUUGUGCGUAUGUAAUAACAUGUGAACUGGCUGGUCACAUAUUCCUAAAUAAUAUUCACACAACAAGCUUUACUGUUUAAUUGUCAACGUGUGCGUAUUCUAGAAGUCGUUGACUUAGAGUUCUUGAUUUGUAUUGAUGCAUAGACGAGCAUCUGGCGUUGUUUAUAGAAACACUGGAAAAGAAAACUUCAAACAAAAAAAACCUGUGAUAUCCUUUUUGCAAUUGUACCAAAAGUGGCUUACUAUUGAAGGCUGGUAGCUUUUUGUAGUGACUAGGCGCGUACCGUGUGGGGUAGUGCGUGACGUGAUGUGUGUAAGUGACAGUUGGCAGUGUUGUUCACUGUAUAGAUGUCAUGCUGUGGUAUUUUCUAUAGGACCCUGUAAUAGAGAUAAUAUAGCUGGUGUAAACAUCAUCUAUUGUCUUCAUCUAUAUCGGCAUCUGUGAUAUCUCUUCCACUAGCUGUGAUUCACAAAUGUUUUGUCAUUGCGAUGUUAUUACUGUCGAUGUUAUUACUGUCGACCGAGCAGGCA